UUAGACUAAAACAUCUGUUAUUAUUAUUAUUAUUUUAAAUUUGUCACACACAAGCCCUGACUCAGUCCAAUAUAACCUACAGGACGAACUCCACCAUGAUCAGAGUCUACUGCCUUAUUGGGGUUACUCUUUUUUUGUUCAAAUCUCAAGUAACACAGGCUCUACUAGAAAGCCCAAAUGACUGCUGUAAAAGAACACAGAAAAUAAAUGAAACCUCUGCAAAUGAUACACAUUGUGAUCUUGGGUGCCCUCGUUUUCUGGAGAACAAUACCAUUUUGUGCAUGCCCUGUGACUCCUUCACUUCUGAUGUGGGGAACUUAACAUUCUGCAAAUCCUGUGGUCCAGGUGUAGCAGCAUCUGUACUUUUAGGAACUCUUCUGAUCAGCCUCUUCCUUAUUCUGUCUGUUGCCUCUUUUUUCUACCUUAAACGCUCCAACCAUCUCCCUGGUGUCUUCUAUAGGCGCAAAGCUUUUAUAUUUCAACCAAGUGAAACGGCUGUCAUGAUGCCUGCAAAUACAUCAUCAGUGCGCAAACCAAGAUAUGUCAGAAGAGAAAGACCUUCAUCAUCUGCAUCAGCUGGUAGUGCAACCAUGCCAGUAGGAGCGGUAACAAAGGUGUACAAUGUGACCGUUCAGUAGAUUUCAGGAGGAAAAAAACAACAUUAAUAAGUAUUAUUGUUUACAUCUGCGUUGUAUGGUUAUAUACAUCUGCUUGUUUUUUCUGUUUGUAAUGAGAGAAAUUAUUAGUUCUAUUUGUUCACUUUUUAAGAGGCACAUACACUAUAGGAAUAUGUUUGUGUUUUGUUCAUUAGAAGAUUGGAAAUUUGCCAAACACCUGUAUUGCCAGUAUUUUCAUGUUAUUAUUUGACCUUAAAAACAAAAACCUUUUUACCUUCUUAAAAAGACAUUAAUAUUUGCACAUUCCUUGCUUUUUGACCAAAUAACAGUCAUCAUUUGGCUAUGAUUGUAUUAAUAUUUAUGCACUACUCAACAAAAUGCAUCUUAAAAAGUUUCUGUUUCUAAUUGUACAGCCAUUUGUCAGCCUUGAAUAUUAAGAAUGCUACACCACUGGUACUCGUUUAAAACUAUGAUAAUUUAGUAUGAAGGAUUCUUACAAAUAGUGACAGGCUGUUUUGUGAAUAAAAACACCAACUGUAAAGCACUCAGAAUGUACCUCCCUGUGUUUGCACAAUUAUAUAAAGUAUCUUUACAUAAAAACACAUUUCUCCAGUUCUUGCAUUUGCCAAGGUGGUUUUAUACCACAGAAACUAGAUGAAUGUGAACAAUGUAGACAGUGGUCUGUGUUUUGACUUUUGAUUCUAUGGUCAGCACCACAGACAUGAUUGCCAAAAGUAUGUAUGUUUUUAUGUUCUAAUAGGAGCUGAACUAAGUGGUGUUUGAUUUAUUCUUUGGUGAUGUACACUUUGAUUGUAUGUUGUUAGUGGAAUGAUUGAGGUCUCGGUUUGCUGGUAAAUAGAAUAUACUGGUAUAUGUGCCAUACACUUAUGGUACAGAGGGCAAUUGUGAGCUUGCGGGAAGUGUUAUAGCUGUUAAGAAUAUAAAUCCCUGUAAAGUUUUCAAUAUUAUUUUACUAGCUGUUGUGCAGCCACUGAAAAAUAUGUACAAAUGUUUUAUAUAUUGAUGAGAUAAAGACGUAUGAUGCUUCUUUUAUUGUUGGUACUGAAAUGAUGAAUGUUAUGUAAAAAACAUGACUUUAGUGUUUACAGAAAUAAAGCCUUUAU